UCGGCUCUUCGAUGCCACUGAUCAGUUCCGGUAGUGUUCUUGAAAGAAAUAUUCUACUCGCAGCUCGGAUGGAUAUCAUUGGGAUUCUUAAUAAUAGUGAAAGUUCCAGCCGUUGGAAAAAUGAAUGGAAAGCUAGGGCGUCAAACAAUAUGGUGUCGAAAUCGCAAUCGCGGGAAAUCCUUGGAUAUUGGGAACAUUCGGUGAAAAUUCUGACCACGCAGCAGCGGACGUCUUUUACUGUGGUGGUUAUUCUUAUUAUGGUGUUGGCUAUCUUCGGAAAUGUUCUGACGAUCAUAACCAACAUUCGCAGAGAACAACGUCAUUUGUUUCGCAUUUGUUUGCUGUCCCUGGCAUUGAGUGACAUAUCGUUCGUGACUAUUACAACCGUUGUAUAUCUGUCACAAUUCGAUACCGAAUACAGUCCAUUAUGGAGUCUCGGCGAGCUGAUGUGCACUUUCGCGCCGUUUUUCCAAACACUGGCAAUUCUGGUCAACAGCAUAACUCUGGUGGCGAUUGCCCUGGAUCGAUACAUGGCCGUAGUGAGAAUAACGAAGGGCACUUGGCAGCCAAGUGGAUUGUUUUGUGUGACGUGUGCUGUUUUGAUUUGGGGACUUGCAGCUGGUAUAUCUAGUCCUAUGUUGACGUUGUACGAAAUUUACCACGUGUUCAUCCUGAUCUCCGACCCUCAACAACCGAAUGUAAUCACCGACUUUUUCAUGGCUGAAAUGUGUGCUACUGAUAAGACCAAAAACGGGUACUACUUUGGAAUAAUUUUCGCAAUCAUUUUUCUACCUUUGGUGUUGGCAUUUCUCUGGCUUAACACAGUGAUAGCGAAGGAAAUUUGGAAACGUAGAAAUCCGGUUGAUCGUAGCAAGAAAGGGAAGAAACCUACACCAAACGAAAGUUCUAGCGAUCGGAAAACCACGACCACCAAUUUGAGUUCAUGUCCCCCAAACGAUCGGAACCGAAUUUUCACAAUUCAACAGAACAGAUGCACCUGUUCCAACUGUCUGGAUGCCAAUAGCCCACCACGUGAGCCUCCACCUCCUCCACCACCCCCACAUCCAUCAACGGCUCGCAGCUCAGCAACCAACACCCGCAAGAAACGCCAGCUCCGGAUGUUCAAAGUCAUUGUUGUGCUCAUGGUUAUGUUCCUAGUUUGUCGAUUGCCCACGUGGGUUUUCCUCCUGGUCAAACUCUAUGGAGUGGCCAACACUAACCUAUACUGGGUGCUGCACUACACUUUUGGCAUUAUGGCUAUGCUCAACGGAGCCUUAAAUCCGCUGCUGUACACCUUCCUAGGGGAAACCAUCAAGGUGUCUAUGUUUCUGAAAACUAAGUGCAUACAGUUGACUGUUGAACCGUGCCGUCGAACUGUUCGUUGGGUAAAGUCCGGUUUUAACAGUCAAACUCGAAAACAUUCUACGUCCCGGAAAAAAUCUCACCGAGAUGGAAUAUUCUUCGGAGAUUGA